AUUGACUUGUGUGAUCACUUUAUCCGCCAUCUACAUAUUUACCAUGGAGAACAAAACUAGUUUCGUCACUGACUUCCUCAUGGGUGGUGUGUCCGCCGCUGUUUCUAAAACUGCGGUGGCACCCAUUGAGCGCGUGAAGAUGCUUAUCCAGACCCAGGACACAAUUCCCGAAAUCAAGAGUGGAAAAUUGCCACGUUACACUGGUAUUGUGAACUGUUUCGGUCGUGUUUGUGCGGAGCAGGGUGUAUCUUCUUUAUGGAGGGGCAACAUGGCUAAUGUGAUUCGUUACUUCCCAACUCAGGCCUUCAACUUCGCCUUUAAGGACUUUUUCAAGACCCUGUUCCCCAAGUACAACCAGAAGACUGAAUUUUGGAAGUUUUUCGCUGCUAACGUUGCUUCUGGUGGUCUUGCUGGUGCCAGUUCUUUGAUGAUUGUGUACCCACUUGACUUUGCAAGGACUCGUCUUGCCAGUGAUGUUCGUAAGGAGGGCCAGCGUGAGUUCACAGGUUUGUUGGACUGUUUGAUGAAGAUUAAGCGUUCCACUGGUUUCAUGUCGCUGUACAAGGGUUUCAGCAUAUCUGUGACUGGUAUCAUUGUUUACCGUGGUACCUACUUUGGUAUGUACGACUCUGCUAAGGCUGUGUUGUAUGGUGAUGACAAGAACGUCAGUUUGUUCUUCAAGUGGUUCGUUGCUCAGACUGUCACCAUCAACGCUGGUUUGGCUUCAUACCCCUUUGACACCGUUCGUCGUCGUAUGAUGAUGAUGUCUGGUAAGAAGCAGACUUCUGAGAUUAUGUACACGAGCUCCUUGGACUGCUUCCGCAAGAUUUUAAAGAAUGAGGGUGUCAACGGUUUCUUCAAGGGUGCCUUUGCUAACAUUCUGCGUGGUUUUGGUGGUGCCCUGGUCUUGGUUCUUUACGACGAGCUUAAAAAGUUUGUCCACUAGACAUAUCCUACGUAGCACAUAAAUUGUUGUGUUAUAAUUUAUGAAGUUAUUUU